AUGUUAUCAGUAUUGGAAUCAAUUGCAUUAAGUUCAUUAUCAGGUAUUUAUAUUGAAUCAAAUGAGUUGGAAGAAGAUAAUAUAAUAUCCAAUGACGUCAUCAAUACAUUUGCUAUAGAAUUAUUAAAUAUGAAUUAUACAAUUUCACAACCACUUUAUAAUCAAUUACUUAGAUUAUCAUCAACCAAUGGACUGACCAAAUUAUUAGAUACAAUUGAUAAUAUCAAAGAAUCAUUAGGUGCUCAUGUUAAACAUGAACCAAUGUAUCCUAAUUUCCCCAGACAAGUUAUAGAGCUUGAUGAAAUUGAAUUAUUAACUAAUGCUUUGGUCCAUUAUUGGAGUUUAGGUACUUUAUUACCAAUCUAUACCAAAGAGAAACGAUUAGAAUUUAAUGAACAAGAUCAUCCAUUAACAGAAUUAAAAUUAAUCACCCUUCCUGAUUUGAAAACAUUCUUCUUCAAAUUAAUCCAAUCCAAAACUGCAAUCCCACCAAUCUAUGAUGAAUUUUUAAUUGAAGGUUGUUUAUUAGAUUGGAUUGAAGAAUAUAAGUCAACUCAUCCAGAAAUCCCAUUCCGUGAAACUUCUUGUAAAAUUGCAGAUAUAUACUUAGCACAAGAUAAACCAAUUGAUUACUUUGUUAAAACAACUACUGAUAUCUUACGUAUAAUGGCAGUUUAUUCUGGUCAUUCAUCCAAUUUGAAGCUGGUUCCAAAAUUCAAAUCAAUGAAGAGAAAAGAACGAAGAAUAAUCAUUAAGGCUUUGGAAAAGGUUAUAAAUGUCGAAGAUGUUAAGAGACAUACUGGAAUUUGGAUUAGAGCAUUUCAUUGUCUUCAUGUUGGUGAAUAUGGAGGAGAAGUAACCAAGAUUGCUAAUCGAUUUAGAAAUGAGAAUAAUGUACCUACCAAAAAUACCGCACUUGCGAUGGCUAUUCAAUCUGGUAUGACUAAGAAGGCGGUUGAUAUUCUUGUGAAUAUUCCUUCGAUGUUGAUUCGUCAUUUAGAUAAAUUAGCCCGAGAUGCUGCUUCAUCAUCCAAUGAAGACCUUGAAUACAUAUUCUCUAAGUUGGAAACAAUAAUCGAAUCAGUGGAGUCAAAAGUCUUGCUUCAAGCAUUAGGACAUUUCCAAAGCUACACCGCUCCUGAACCAAUCACCGUUCCAUCAAUCUUUAAUGGUUCUACCACCUCAACGAAGAACAUAAUUCGAUUAUUCGUGCAUUGGAUCGGCAAAGACAUCGACUUAUCAGGCUACUUCAUCUCCGAAGACCUUUCCCAAUCCAACGCCAUCUCAUAUCAAAACCUCCGCUCGUCAUCAGCCGUACAUUCUGGGGAUAUUGUCUCCGCCCCUGCCCCAGACGGAGCGAGUGAGUUUAUCGAUAUAGAUAUAGCCAGGGCCUUGAAUGAUGGAUAUAGAUAUGUGGCUAUGGAUGUGCGUGUAUUCAGUGGACCUAAAUUCAUUGAGCAUGAGGAAUGUUUUGCCGGAUUUAUGCUUAGAGAAGGGUCCUUGGGUGAUGAAAAUAAGGGAGAAGUGUUUGAACCUAGGUCAGUGAAGGCGAAGGUCGACAUCACGUCCGAUCGAAUGAAUGUUGUUCCAUGUGUGUUUGAUCUCAAGGAGAGAGAAGUGGUUUGGAUCGCUUUGGGUUUGAAUGUGUAUUCGAUGAGACCUAAUAAUGUGAAUGAGAAUAAGGCGACAGUUGAGAAGAAUAUUAGGGCUUGUCUUGAGUUGGUGAAUUGUAGGGUUAGUAUUCAGGAAUUGAUUGAGAUGCAUGUGGAAGCGUGUGAUGCUCAAGUGGUUGAAGAGAAGGACGAGGCGGGGUUUUUGGUGGGGUUGGGUGAAGGAGAUUUGGAUAUUUAUGAUUUUGCAAGUAUAAAUUCAACAUGGGUGUAG